GCAGCUCCGAUGGGCGAAGAUGGCACGGAGUACCGGCGUCUCCCAGACAGAGCGGAGGGCGCGUCGUCGCCGGCGUCGCGCCAAAAGUUGUCGCUCGUCCCUCUCAUCUUCAUCAUCUUCUACGAGGUCUCCGGCGGGCCAUUCGGGAUCGAGGACAAUGUGCGCGCGGCCGGACCCCUCCUCGCCAUCGUCGGCUUCCUUGUCCUCCCCAUCGUCUGGAGCGUCCCGGAGGCGCUGAUCACGGCGGAGCUAGGCACAAUGUUUCCGGAGAGCAGCGGGUUCGUCGUGUGGGUGGCCUCGGCGCUCGGCCCCUACUGGGGGUUCCAGCAGGGGUGGAUGAAGUGGUUAAGCGGCGUCAUCGACAACGCCCUGUAUCCCGUACUCUUCUUGGACUACCUCAAGUCCGGCGUCCCGGCGCUGGGAGGUGGCGCGCCGAGGGCGUUCGCUGUGGUCGGCCUGACGGCCAUGCUGACGCUGCUGAACUACCGGGGGCUCACGGUCGUCGGGUGGGUGGCCAUCGUCCUCGGGGUAUUCUCGCUCCUCCCUUUCUUCGUCAUGGGGCUCAUCGCGCUCCCCGAACUCCAGCCGGCGAGGUGGCUCGUGGUCGACAUCCACAACGUCAACUGGAACCUGUACCUGAACACUCUGUUCUGGAACCUCAAUUACUGGGACUCGGUGAGCACGCUCUCCAGCGAGGUCAGGAACCCUGGCAAGACGCUGCCCAAGGCGCUGUUCUACGCGGUCAUCUUCGUGGUCGUCUGUUACCUGUACCCUCUCCUGGCCGGAAUAGGCGCCGUGCCGCUGGACAGGGGGCAGUGGACGGACGGCUACUUCGCGGACAUCGCGAAGCUUCUCGGCGGCGCGUGGCUCAUGUGGUGGAUGCAAGCGGCGUCGGCGAUGUCGAACAUGGGCAUGUUUGUGGCGGAGAUGAGCAGCGACUCGUACCAGCUCCUUGGCAUGGCGGAGCGGGGCAUGCUCCCGGCCUUCUUCGCGAAGAGGUCGCGGUACGACACCCCGCUGGUCGGCAUCCUCUUCUCGGCCUCCGGCGUGCUGCUGCUGUCGACGAUGAGCUUCCAGGAGAUCGUGGCGGCGGAGAACAUCCUCUACUGCGUCGGCAUGCUCCUCGAGUUCCUCUCGUUUGUCCUGCUGCGGGUUAGGCGUCCCGACGCCCCGCGGCCGUACAGGGUGCCAUUGGGCACCUCCGGAUGCGUGGCGAUGCUUGUGCCCGCGACGGCGCUCAUCCUGACGGUCCUUGCGCUGUCGACGCUGAAGGUUGCUUUGGUGAGCCUAGGCGCCGUGGCCGUCGGGCUUGUGCUGCAGCCCGCGCUGAGGUUCAUCGAGAAGAAGCGGUGGCUUAGGUUCUCCGUCAACUCGGAGCUCCCUGGCAUCGACGACACACACAAGCCCACCGCUCCGGACGAGCCGUUUCUAGCAUAG